AUGGAGAGGAAAGAUGUCAGACCUGACUCAAUCACAUUCCUUUCUGUUCUAACAGUUUGUGGUCGAAAGGGGAUGGUGGAUAUGGGGCGUGAGAUCUUCUACUCAAUGGUCGAAAAACAUAUAAUUGAACCAGCCCCAGAGCAUUAUUCUUGUAUGGUAGAUAUGCUGGGCCGGUCUGGGAGGCUAAACGAGGCAGAGGACUUUGUGGCUCAGAUUCCUGGAGGACCAGGAUUGUCUGUGCUGCAGAGUUUACUUGGAGCUUGUAGGAUAUAUGGUAACGUGGAGAUGGGAAUGAGGGUGGCCAAUGCUUUGAUGGAGAUGGAACCUGAGGAGUCAGGUUCCUAUGUGUUGAUGUCGAACUUGUACGCUGAAAAGGGGCAGUGGGGAAAGGUGGCCAAAAUAAGAAAAGAGAUGAGAGAUAGGAGAGUAACGAAGGAAGUAGGAUUUAGUUGGGCAGAUGUAGGUGACAUUAAUGAUUCAUUAUCUUUGCAUGGGUUCUCAUCAGAUGAUAAGUCUCACCCACAGUAUGAGGAAAUAUACAAGAUGGCAGAAUGGAUAGGAUCAGAAAUGAAAUUUUUAGAGAGAGGGCGACAGAGCAGUUGCAAAAUUUGA